AUGCGGUACAGACUGCCUGGGGUAACCGUGUCCUUCCUCCUGAUUCCCCCUGCUCUGGCCUCCUGGGCCUGCACCCGCUCCUGCCCACCCAGCUGCACCUGCUCUCAGGAGAAUGGCUACACGGUGCUGUGCGACCGCGCCAACCUGUCCAGCCUCCCCAGGUUCCCCUGCGAAGCCUCCUCCAUCAGCCUGGACAGGAACGGCAUCACCUUCCUGUCGGAGCGCGCCUUCGGCACCCUGCCGUCCCUGCGCUCGCUGUCCCUGCAGCACAACAACGUCUCCUUUGUCACGCCGGGCGCCUUCAAGGGCCUGCCCAGCCUGGUGCAGCUGCGGAUGGCGCACAACGCCCACGUCCGCCACCUCCACACCCACACCUUCGCGUCCCUCAGGCGGCUGACCCGCCUGGACCUCUCCCACUGCCAGCUCCUCAGCCUGCCCGACCGCAUCUUCCUGGAGCAGACGGCCCUCCGGGAGCUGUUGUGCUUCCAGAACAGGUUCCGGCGUGUCCCUACAGCCAUCCGGGGCGUGGCAAGCCUGACCCACGUCUACCUGGAGCAGAACAGGAUUGAGGUACUGACCCACAGCUCCCUGCUGGGCCUCACCAACCUCAGAGACCUGAACCUGCAGCAGAAUCGCAUCAGCGCCGUCCACGGCAAGGCCUUCCAGGACCUCCAGAACCUGGAGAACUUCAAACUGAACGACAACCCUUUGGCUGACCUCCCCAGCCAGUCUUUCAAGGGUCUCGGGCGCCUGAAGAUGCUCAACCUGGGUGGGAACCUGCUGACGAGCGUCUCCAGGACCUGGUUUGGCGACCUGGUGGAGCUGGAAGUGCUCUACCUGGACAGGAACCGCCUGGACUACAUUGAGGAGGGGGCUUUCGAGAACCUCACGAGCCUCAUCACCCUCCACCUCAACAGCAACAACCUGACCAGCCUGCCUUUCUCCGUCUUCCAGCCCAUCUACUUCCUGGGGCAUCUCUACGUCUUCCGCAACCCCUGGGAGUGCGACUGCGCGCUGGAGUGGCUGAAGGUGUGGAUGGAGAGCUACAGGCUGGUCAGGGACAUUCCCUGCACGUCCCCUUCCUCGGUGGCCGGCCUGGACCUGAGCGAGGUGACCUACUCCAGGGUGGACGGUGAGUGCGUGGACCCGGUGGAGCUCAAUGUGACCACCCUCACCCCCUCCUCCGGUCCCUGGUACCCCAACGGCACCAGGAACCAGUUCGGCGGCCGCCCCUCCAAGCUGCUGCAGCAGCUGCGGGAGGGCACGGCCAACUCCACCGAGGGGCUCGGGAACAGCACACCGCAGGAUCAGAUGGUCAGUCUGGUGUCUGGAGGGGCUUCCUGUUUCUGCAACGGCCAAUCUCUGCUGGUCCUCCUGCUCUGUGUGGUGUUCAGCCAGGUGCUGAUGGCUGAUGACAUGACUGAGAUCGAGUCCGGGCCACGGGAGUCAGCUUGCGAUGAGUGCCUUAACCACUGA